AUGGCCGACUCACUCAAGAGCGCAGCAGGCGGUGCCUCCGACGCCGCCUCCUCUGGCGCCGACAAAGCCAGCUCAGCAACCGGCAGCGGCACCCAGGACUGGGAGGCCAUGUCCGAAGAGCAGAAGAAGUCGACGUACGACGCUCUGCCAGCUGAAAAGAAGCAGGGACUGAGCUACUAUGAAUGGGUGAUGCAGGGGUACCAGAACAAGAAGGAAAACUGGAUGCCGUGGAUUGAGGAUAUGUAUCUGAGCUGGUUCACCAGCGACAACAAGGCGAGUUAUGCCACCAAGGACGCGAUGGACAAGUCCAAGGUGACCGGCGUCGACCAAGUCGACACGCUCCAGGACGGUGUGAACAACACUGUCGCCGGACAAGUCGGUCAAGGCGGGCUGCUGCAACCGGUCGGUGAUGCCGUGUCCCAAGAAGGUGUCAACCGGGCGGAGCGUGGCGGCAAGGACGACUCUGGCAGCUACGCUGGCUCCUUGGGCAGCGGUGUUUCGUCUGCCGGCGGGUCGGUGAUGAGUGGCGCGAAGAGUGCUGGGGGAUACGUUGGGGGCAUGUUUGGUGGCGGGCAGAAGGAAGAGAGUAAGUAA